AUGGCACAGCAAGCCCCCACCCAAAUCCGUUCCCUCUACCGCCGUCUCCUCCGAGAACUCCCCUCCACCCCUCAAACAAGCCGGACACAGCACCAAAAGCUUUCUGCCCCGUCCGUCCUCCAAAAAACCAUACGUUCGGCUAUCGUAACACCAAAAGUGGGCUCAAGCGCACACGGCCAGAUACAGCAGGCAGAGCAAUUCGUACAAUACGUGCAGGCGCAACGGACAUAUGCGUCGUUAUUGGAGCGGUACAAUCCUGGUAUGGGAAUGACGGAGGAAGAGAGAGUACGAUUGAGUGCGCGGAGAGUGGGUAUGAAUCUUCCGGUGGAAUUUGGGCAGGAGGGGGAGAAAGCUUGA